AGACUGGUGCCUAAAUCCGUUUCGUGAAAAUUCAGCGUAGCUGCGUCAGGCAGUUGAAACAUCACAAGGCCGUGUCCGAGUCACUUGGCUACGGCCGGAAUGUACAUACAACUCAACGGGAACUGGCCGCAGCCACUUCCUUAGGCUCGUGCGUAAUUUCCAGCCGUAACUUCGGCUUUUUUAGUCGGUCAUGUACGCGCUGGGAACUCACGUACACUCAUGUCACUUGUUUCAACGUCUGACGUUCUUUGUAAAGCCUAGUUCAUGCAGUUCGUGUACAGUUUCCCCACCUUGCGCUGAAAAGAAUAUCAUUAAAGUUGUCGAUAAUGCCACCUCCUCAAAAAGACAGGUGUAUUGCCGUUAUGGGCUUCAGAUCCGUUGGGAAGUCAUCAUUGACCAUACAGUUUGUGGAGAACCAGUUUGUGGAUGCUUACGACCCAACCAUUGAAAACACUUUUGAAAAAAUGAUCAAACUUGGCAAUCAAGAGUACAAACUGAAGAUCGUGGACACAGCAGGCCAGGAUGAGUAUUCCAUCUUCCCACAGUCCCUCACCUUCACGAUACAUGGUUACGUCCUUGUCUAUACAGUCACAUCACAAAAAAGUUUUGAUGUGGUGAAAAUUAUUCAUGAGAAGCUCUUGGAUACAACAGGCAAUGUCAAUGUUCCUGUGGUUCUUGUUGGCAACAAGAAGGAUCUUCACAUGGAAAGGGUUAUAUCUACAGCUGAAGGUAAAGAAUUAGCAAAUUCAUGGAAUGCAAACUUCAUUGAAUCUUCAGCAAAGCAGAAUGAGAGUGUAGUGGACAUCUUCAAGACAUUACUAGAGAUUAUCGAGAAAAAAGAUGGGGGUACACAAAAGAAGGACAGUGAAUGUGUUCUCCUGUGACUGUGUCUCAUGUAAAAAUCAUGGUCAUCUGCCAGCAAUAAAAGCUUUUCUUCAUACAGUACAGUGUACCUACGGAUGAUGAAAAGGGGAUAGCAGUUGCUAGUUAAAGAUAUGGAUGGAUCUGAAUCUUAAAAAUAUUCCUGAUUUGAAAAUGAUACAGGCAGUGAUUGGCAGUUGAUGAAAGGUUUGAAUCUGAAGUCACCAGCACACGUUUUCAGCAAUGCUGUCUUGCUGGAAACUAACACCAUUGAAAGCAAGUUUGUGUCUGUUACAAAUUCCAAAUUGCAAGACACUUCUGGUUUCGACUGGAAGUAAGAAUCAGGUGAUGUUAUGUACAUAAUGCAAAGUGAAGACCAAAAUUACUCCAUCAGUUGCCCCUAAAAGCAAGAUAAGGAAUCUUAUAGUAGAUUUUUCAAGUAAAAAACAGUCAAAGUUAAAUUGCUAGCCUGAUGAUGCCAUGGUGUAAAUAUGCACCACUCAGCAUCGAGGUCAGACUGUAUAAAGUUACGAUUUAUACACGUAUCUUAAACAGUCUAUGAGAAAAGCUGUCUAGAAUUGUAUGGAAAUAAAAGAGAAAAACAAAAAAAAGACAAAACGAAAUAAAGUGUAAUUUGAACUAUUUAAAACAGUGAUGGGUUGUGCCUGAUUACUCAGUAACAUGUUUUUUGUCUACGAGCCAGCCCUCAGUCUCCCUCUCCAUGUGACCCAAACCAAAGGUACAUGUACAGGUUUCUUUGUUCAGAGGGUCAGCAGACUCCCUUCUUUAAUUUCAUCUUCAGAAGAGCAUUUAAAGAUAGUGACAACUUGUUCUUUAUAUUACCCAUGACAAAAGUGUGUGACUGGCUGUGGUGAACAUUUUCUCUCUUCCAAAAUUUCUAAUCUGCAAAAUAUAUUAGACAUGUGAGAGGUUUUUUGCAUUGUUUUACUUAAUCUGGGUUUCAAACCUUUCAAAGUUUCUGAAUAAUCUUGAUGUUAUUAAUUAAAUCAAACAAAAGCUGGAAAGAGAAUUUUCAUUGAAGAGGAGCAGAAGAAGACUAUACAUUCCACAUUAUUAAUGGAAAUGGGUAGGUCAUGGCUGUGUGCAUUGAUGAUAGCACUGCAUAAAAAACACAGUGAUGUCCAAGGGGGCCAAGAUGAGUGCGCACUUGUGUAGAGGUGCCAAUCUUAUAAACAUGUACUUAGUAUGGACCCAUUAAAAAAGAGAUUCAUUCACAUGGAUAGUGUGAAUUAUAUCAGCACCUUUAAAUUACAGAUACUGUAAGGUUCUGUGCGCCUUAUAAAUGUUUUGAUACAUGUAUUAUUGUUACUAUAAUGUGGGUUGUCCAGACCUUGUGUGGACUAUAACUAGGCCCAUACAAGUAAACCUUCUUCCUGUAAAGCCGUUUGAGGCAUUUACACUUGUUGGUAUGUACUUCUUGUAGAGUACAAAUGUACGUGUUAACGUAUAUAAUUAUCUAAUAUCCACCUGAACGGACACAAACCUUGCAUAUUCAUGUAUGUAUGUAUGCUAGGCAUAUCGUUGACUGGAAAGCUUUGCUCGUUAUUAUAUAGGAAUAUGAAUGUGUUACUUUUUGUUUUGGAAAUAGUUGUGUUGGUUUCUGUGUGUCAUUAAUUCUAACUUCCCUGUAAUUGAUUGGCCUGUCUAUCUCUUCUUGUGUGGCAUGAUGAGUCAAACCCGUGUGUCAAAGGUUGUGAGACCCUGUGUCUAAGUGGCAGAUUCGUGUACAUGUAUAAGGGCUGUGCUCCUAAUAUACAUGGGCCAUUUUGUUUUACAUAGAUCCAAACCGCGAUCAGUGACACCAGAAUGUGCUAUGUGGGUGGAGCAAACCAGCGUCGGGAUCACUGAUCAAGAGUCAGAUCUUUGUGAAAUGAACAGGCACCAAGUAUCAGAUCUAUGCUUGGACUAAAACAGACAUUCAGUGUUAGCUCAGCCUUUCUCACCAGUGUAGGGGGUCCUGUGUGUGAAGUCUACUGGCUCACACUGAGAAACCUGAUCAUUGAUCAGUAUGAUGAUGUUGUAUGUUAAGGAUAAUCACUGAUAAUGAAUCCUAUACAAUGCCUGAAUAAAUUCCCUUUAUAUGAUUGGCGGGUCAUUGAGCAUGUGUCCUGGAAUUAUUCCUCUCUAUACAUGGCAUGACUGUACCACAAAAAUACAAGUUUUACGCCACAAGAAAUGUCUAACCUCAUCGUUGAUGAUCCCUCCAGGCAGGAAUAUACAUUUAGUCAAGCAUUGUGUAAAAUAAAGAAUGAACAGGAAAGCAGUAGAAAGAAUGAUUUCAUUUGCUGAUAAACAAUAUGUUCCCUCUUACUUGGCUUUAUCUAAAGUGCUACAUAAGUAAGUCGUAGAGGUUUCCAAUAGGUUGUUUCUUGUUUAAGUUAACUGGUGCCUUUUUUCCAGCCUACAACAACUCAACAACGGUGUUGCAGUUACUGCAGACUGUGAUUGAAGAGAAAUCAAAGGCUGUAGAUGGAAUUCCAUCUAAUCUCAGUUUGCCUCGCAGCAUCUGUUCCUUGUUGCUGCAUUUAGAGGCACUCAGAGAACCCAAACCUUUUCUCUGAGGGUCUUGUUGUGAUUUACAAGUAAGCGUUCUGUGUUUAAGAUUAAUAACAAAAAAUCACUGUCAUAUCCAUGCUGAGAUUAUCUAUCAUGACACAAAACUUUGCUGUCAUGGACUCCUUGUGAUAAGCAGAUUAAGCACCAAUGCCUCAUGAGAGUAACACUGUGCGUGAGCAUUCACAUGCGUGUGUUGUAGAGGAAGCAUGAAUGAGUUUACUGUGGAAUGCACAAACUGGAAGGGUCUUCAUGUAAAGCAGUAUGCCUGGACCUAAGCUGUCAUUUGUUCAUGUAUACAUGUACAUGUUAUUCAUACAAGUAAAACAAGUUAAGUCUGGCAGGCAUUUCUGGUACAGACUGGUAUUUUGAUCAGUUAAGACUGUAGUGUCUCCAAUCCUUCACCUGUGGGAUGAUUUAGGAUUGUUAGGUUUAAUAUAGGUUUUCCCUGUCAAUUUCAGCAAAUGAUCAGCCAGUUUAAAGUCUGUGCCAUUCUAUUUCACAAAAGUUGAAUGCAGCUGUAAAACAGUGAAUCGGUUUCAUUUUAAGACUGGCAAAAGUACUGUUACGUCAUUCAAUGUAACAAAUUAUCACCCAAGUUAACAAUUCAACCAAAGAGCAAUCUGAUGUCGCGGGCACUUUUUUAAGGUGUGUUUGGUCAUACGUUUUCAUUGUUGGGCAGGCAUUUCUAUCAUCUAAAAGAUGCACUGUCAAACGGUUCCUUUAGACUGUUAAUGGUAUAAAUACCCUUCACUUAUGGGCACAGGAGACACUUUGCUGAUGUUCUUCGAAGACAACCUUUCACUACAGUUGUAUGCUCAUUAAGUGUCUCAGGUAGAUCGGGAAAGGUUGAUUGAUGCUUUUGAGAGAAACGAGCAAGACUACCUUGAGCUUGCGGUCAAAUGAAAAUAAAACAACCAAUGUGUUCACAUUCUUUUGGAAACAGACAGAAACACAGACAAAAGUCUGUUUCAGUUUAGUUGUUGCUUUUUGUUUUGCUUUGUCUUAUUUUUGACAUUUCUUAAUCUUACAUUAAUUUGAAUAUUCAUUUUUUGAAAUUUAUUGUUUGUUUUUUGUACUAAAUUGAAAAUUAGGACAUUGGUAAAAAUCUCGAGUUGCACCAACUUUACUAAAUUGAAUGAUGAUUGUGCGUUAUGUAAAAGAACAACGCUAUUCUAAAUUGAACACACUGCUAUAAAAGGAAUCCGAAUGACUAACAAUUUGAAACACUGGUAAAACUUGAGUGGAAAAACUGAUUUAAUUCCAAUGCACUAAAAUUAAAUUGGUUCUCUUUUACCCAAAUUGACCGGGAAAACCUAUACCAAUGAUACUGUGUUUAAAGUAUUGCUAUGCUGUAUUUACUUUCAAACGGUGAAUUAAGCUAGAUGUAUCUUAUAUAGCUUGAGAGGAUAAUUUUGUGCAUUUUUAAUUUCUAAUGUGGAUGAAAAUAUUUUAAUUUCUGUAAUAACCAAAGGUAUAUGAUUUAUCCCUGAGGGAUUUAACUUUUUACACAGAUCUCAUUUGUCAUACACAUGUCAUAUUUGUUACAGUUUCUGUGCUGCUAGAAUAUCAGUGAAUCCAUUGCGAGAAUUUACUUUGUUCUUAAGACUGAUUCAAUCUUAGAACAUCUCAAAAUUGUGUGACUCCUGGUGCACAAAAUCAGUAUGCCUGUAAAUCAGUAAUUAUGCCUGGGUAAAAAAAAUGAACUUGAGAAUUUCAUUUGACCUUGAUGUAAUUGUGUAGAAGUGGGUUCUGGAUUUAGUCACUAGUUCCUGUAUCCAUUACAGAGCAAAGUGACUACUUAUUAAUAAAAUGCUUUUUAUGUCCUCUUGACAAUUAAGAAAAUUGACCCCAGGAAUAUGAUGUAGGUUUGUUUAUUGCAAGAAGGAGAGACUCAGGUUUCUUUCCUUUACUUUUGCUGGAAAUUUAUAUGAAGAUGAUUCAAUCAUUUUUUUUAAGUACCCAAUCUCAGGGAUUAUGAAUGCAACAUAUUUUCGUGAUAUUUAUUAAUUUGGGUACAUGUAUGUAGCUCUGCUUUUGUGCACAUCUUAAUCAACUCAACUGGGAAGAAAUGGAAAUGCAUUUACAGCAAAGACGUCCUCUGAGAAAUAGUACGUAGUAAAAACUCUGCACCAAUGGCUAUUUUAAAACUGUAAAAAAUGAGAGACCAGAACCAAGGGAAUGCAUGUGAAUCUGCUGGCAUUGACCAUAAGGGUGUACCAAAAUGCAUAUGACUUCUGAGUGUCAAGGCUGGUGACUGAUAACUAUCUUUUCUUCCAUAUCUUUGUGGAGGGAUUUCAUUACAUUGGAAUCACUGCUCAUUUGACUAUUAUUAUUGGUUUGAGGUAGCAAGGUACAUGUAGAAUGUACGUUGGUUCCAGAUGACAGAUCUUGUUCUAUAUCUAGGACUGAAUUGGACCUGAUUACAUUCCACUUGCACCCCUUGGUUUUCAUGUUAUGAUGUUAUGUUAUCUCUCACGCUCUCUUGAAUGUAAUUUCUUUGAAUGGAAUGGACUACCCUCUUUAAAAUAACAGUAAAUACGUUGGGUAAAGGCUUACUUUGGCCUCUUACUUUGUACCUUUGUUAUUGUAUGGAACCUUACAGCUGUGGUUUUUUCUAUUUCCUCCAAAAGAGGAGUUUGUGGAUUGUUUGCCAGAGCCAUUAUUCAAAACUGUGUAUGACCCAUCCAUGUAAAUUCUCAAUUUCUGCUCAGUGCAAGACUGGGUUUUGAUACAGAAUAAAUCUAUGCACUGAUUAUGUCAUGCCCUACAUGUAUGGUUACCUGUAGAGUUUGAACUAUUUAUUCCCUCCUGGCUCCCAUUAGAAAUAAUGUGUAAUAAAGCAAAGCAUGACAUACUGCAGGGUCUAGAGGAAUGUAUUGGUUUACUACAUUUGGGUGGAUUUGGGAGAUUUUGCAGCGAGAUGGCCAACAAUAGGGCAACAAUUUCACAAAUUAUAAUUAGUCUCAGAGGUUAAAUGUUGAUCUUUCAGCAUUUACAAAUAUUAUUUAUUGUAAAAAGAGUUUCGAAUGAUCCAUAAUCAAAUUAUCCACAGCAUUGUUCUGGUUAUUAAAUUAUGUUCCCACAGAUUGACCUCAUCCGUGUAGGGUCAGUGGUUCUACCAAUUUAAGUUCUUGAAGGUGUUUCUGCAAGUGAAGAUAUAACAUUCAUUGUUAUUCAGAGUUUGUCACAAGAUGGGCCCCCAAAAUGAGAUGCAUUGAUUGCAUUGCUAAUAAAAUCAAGUCAAGAGUUUUGCAGUUAUUACAAUGGCGCAUGUAUGAGAUACAUAAAUUGGUACUCCGAGCUGUAUGUUUAUCUCCCAGGAGAGUGUUGACCAAAUUGUGAGGUAUAUGGACUAUUUCCAAGCUUCUUUCAUUUGGAUUGCUUUACAUGUAUUAUAAUUGCAAAUGCUAGUUUCUAAUUGUAAAUGCUUAAAAUGGUUUUGGAGCAAACCAUUUUAGAGUGUGUGCUGUAGUUUAAAAAAAUAAAGUAUGAUUUUGGUGAAUGUUAUUACAGGUUUAAAAUAACAUUCAUCUUCUUCCAGAUUGCUGCUGUAUGCUAAGAGUCUUUUAUCUAGACUGUUCAUGAAAAUUUGUACAAUUCCAUGAGAAACCAUUCUCAUACAUUAUCAAGCCACCUUUUACUUUAGUUACUGUGUCUGAUUUUCAACAAGCCAACUAAAACCAUGUAAUGUCCAUGUGUUGGGGGAAUCUCUUUUGAAAACACGAUUUACUGAAAUGAGAUUGAACAAGAUACUUCAGAGCUAUUGUAGGUGUAUGAUUGGAAUUUGCUAGUGCAUAUUUUUUGCAGCUAUUGCUAAUCACAAGAAAAAGAUAACAUUUUGAUGGGGAGCAAUAAUUUAGGGGUGAUAUUACAACUUAGUAAAACUCAUGGUUUCUGUAGUGCAGAGUGGGAUCCACAUGUAAUUACUGGUAUACAGUACAGCCAAACAAAAUCUCUACCUCUUUGUGAAGCAUGUGUAGUUGUGAAUUGAAAAUGAAUGUCAUAAAUGUACUACUUUUUCAUUUGCAAAUGUUGGCAUGUAUGCUACUGCUUUCCUUUAGAGCAGUGGGACGUUUAAUAUUUGUUGUACCUUAAUAGUACGCCUCCUUAAUUUUGUGCCCCCCCCCCAAAAAAAAAUUUUGGAGGAAUUCAGUGAAUGAAUCGCUCAAAAAUAGAUGGUGAAGGUCUUAAGUAGUAUUAGUUGUUUGGCUGUACAUAUGCCUUAAUACUUGUUUUCACAACAUAAAUAUUCCAGCUGAGCACUUGUACAGUUUAAUGCAUUAUUCUGUAACAAAAGAUAUAUAUAAACCGUUGACUUCUUUGAUAAGAUUCUGAAUGUGUUUAUUGUGAUCGCAGUAUUUUCUCUGGUCGAUUAAAAUGAUGUGGAUUUGACCUCGAAGCCUGUGGAACUGACAAGUUCACACAGUUCUUACUACAAGACUCUCAACUUUACAUUUAAAGUUGCAGAAUAGAAAUACUUGCACAUCGAACAGAAUAUUUGAUUUUACACAACAUGAUGCCAUGGUUUCAAUGACAGUGGCGACGCAGCGCUGAGAAUUAACAAGCUGGAACCUGACACAAAAUCCAAGGUUUCAGAAAUGGCUUCUGUGCUGUUACUCCCAUCUUUUUGUAAUCAGUCAGUAAAUGCUGGGCUAGUUAUUUUGAUAAAUGCAAAUGAAGAGGCCUAAAUUAUCAGCAGGUGAUCAUCGUUGUGCAUCGUCCUUUUUAUGAAAUGCUUAACUUCCACUUAGAUUCAAACCUUGACCCUCUCAACUGGUCAAAAAUAAAAACUGGUUAAAUACAUGUAUGUGCUUCAGCUCAGUCAUUGGUCACACCUACUAUGUAUACGUUAGUAUAGAUAUUUAAUAGGCUACCUUAUUUUGAAUGUCUUCCGGUUGCCUCCAGUCGUUAUACGUUUUUUUUUUAAUGAAUUUAGCUACUGAGAGGUGAUUCGCGUAUUAGUGAACACAGUUGUGAGUGGUUAGCAAUAUUAAAAAUGUAGACAAGACAGUAAA